AAUCAAACACAUAGCUUAGUUCUUAACGACGGGGAAGAGAAAUGAGAAGAUGGGCACCACCUUGAUGAGAUGCUCCCACGCAAACGCUCUCUUCAGAGCUCUCAAACCCAAACCCCGCAAUUCUUCACUGCCACUUUCUUCAAUGGCCAUCAACAAAGGUAAUAGUAAUAAGGCAUAUGAUGCAUUGCUGUUGGAUGCUGGGGGCACCCUAUUGCAAUUGGCAAAGCCAGUUGAGGAGAUUUAUGCCACUAUUGGAUCCAAAUAUGGUGUGACUGUGGAUCCAGCUAUGAUAAAGCAGGGAUUUAAGAGAGCAUUUGCUGCUCCGUGGCCUGAAAAGCUGCGCUACCAGGGAGAUGGGAGGCCAUUUUGGAAACUUGUAGUUUCUGAAGCCACUGGUUGUGGAGAUGAAGAUUAUUUUGAGGAAGUUUAUGAGUACUAUGCAAAAGGUGAUGCGUGGCAUCUUCCAGAUGGAGCUUUUGAAACAAUUACUUUUCUCAAGGAUGCUGGAGUUAAGAUGGCUGUUGUAUCUAAUUUUGACAACCGCUUAAGGAAGCUAUUGAAAGAUCUUAAUGUUUUAAAUCUGUUUGAUGCUGUCAUUAUAUCAUCAGAGGUUGGAUAUGAAAAACCAGAUCCAAGAAUAUUCCAAGCUGCUCUUGAUGAAGUAAAUGUAGAGGCUUGCAAAGCCUUACACAUUGGAGAUGAUCAGAAGGCAGAUAAACUGGGGGCCAAUGCUGUGGGGAUUGAUUGUUGCAGGUUAUGGGGUAUAGAUGUGAAGACAUUCUCUGAUAUACAAAUUCGAAUUCUUAAUUCAGAGGCAUAACACUUGAUGUGGUUUGUAGCUCUGAUUUGAUCAUGCUGAUAACUAGCUAGCAUUUUAAUUAGGUGGAUGACUAACACUGCCCUUCUUAAUUUUCUAUGCAUGAUGUAAAAACAUAUGUGACCACCUUGUUUGCCAAGUUUGGUAAAUAAUAUGUUGCAACCAAAAAUGAUGAUAUCCGUUACAAAGGAGACAGGAUUUUAUCCUCCAGAUGUACCAUAUAUCUAUCAUCCAUGACCCUAACAUACCGUCCAUUGUGAAAGGUCAGGUGUAAUGAGAAGAGGAUACAAGUUUCUGAUUUUCACCUAAA